GGUUAAAGUAGGUAUUAUUAGUUAACAAGGGUAUACAUAUACACGUAUGUAUGUGAGUGAGCGAGCGAGCAUGUAUGAGUUCGUCUCCUUCCUGAUGGGCAGGUUUGAGUUUGACUACUGUGACUGCUGAUACCAUAGAGGGAGGGAGGCAGCAUGGAGUCUCCUGAUGAGAAACAACACGAAGACUGCGGCGGCGGCGGCAGCGGCAGCGGCAUCAAGGAGCAGGACAGGCUUCUCCCGAUCGCCAACGUGGGGCGGAUCAUGAAGCAGAUUCUGCCCCCAAAUGGUAAGAUCUCCAAGGAGGCCAAGGAGACGAUGCAGGAGUGCGUGUCGGAGUUCAUCAGCUUCGUCACCGGGGAGGCCUCCGAAAAGUGCCACAAGGAGAAGAGAAAGACCGUCAAUGGCGACGACAUCUGCUGGGCGCUCAACGCCCUCGGAUUCGACGACUACGUCGAGCCCAUGAGAAGGUACCUGCAAAAGUACCGAGAGAUGGAGGGCGAUCGAGUCGCCUCCUCCUCCUCCUCCUCCGCCGCCGCCAGAGAUCAAACUGGCGCCGCCGGUGCUGCUCCCUUCGCGUUUCAUCCCAUGGAUAGAAAUAAUUAAUUCCAGCAGCUAGCGAUCCCUCUGCCUGCCUGCCUCAACUGCUUUAAUUAAUUUUCCAGCUAAUUUUAAUUAAGGUACUCCUUCUUCUUCUUCUUCUUCUUCUUCGAUCCGAUUCGAGUUGAUUGUCGACCACAAAAUUGGUGCUUGAUUAUAUUGUUUGAUCUUGUGUGACUGACUUAUUUGCUUUCUAUGAGUUAACGAUGCAUGUCUGACAAAGGAAUUCCAUUUAUGCCCAGUUUUUCUUACAAUAUGAAGCUAGUUCAAGACAAUACAUGAUACAAAUUUAAUUUUCAUCUGUUUUUGAUGUCAUAAAG